GUCCAAUCGUUCAUGGGGGGCAUGUGUGACUCAGCUAUGUGGUGCAGUUGGACAGUGCCUCCUCGCUGGAAUGAUCUACUUUGUACGAAACUGGAGACUGGCUCAGCUGAUCACGGCAGCUCCACUUGCAUUGGUUGCUAUUUAUAUAUGGUUUAUCCCGGAGUCAGCCAGGUGGUUGCUGGGCACUGGAAGGACAACGGAGGCUAAACAGCUAAUCAAAAAAGCUGCAGCCAUCAACAAGCGCACGGUUCCAAACUAUCUGCUGGACCAGAUUAUUGUGAAAGACCCUGAGAAAAAGGGAGGCAUAAAAACUCUUAUCCAAUCAGCUGUGCUUAGGAAAUAUUUCUUUACCAUAACACUGGCAUGGUUCUCGCUGAAUGUUGCCUACUUCUGCCUUUCAUUCAGUGUGGGAAAACUUGGCUUGAACAUCUUCGUGACUCAGGCAGUAUUUGGCCUGUCUGAAAUACCAGCUCAUAUUCUGAGCAUCUGGCUGCUGGAAGCAGUGGGAAGAAAACCAUCUCUCAUGGCAACACUUCUAAUUGGAGGAUUGUUGUGUCUCUUAAUGCUAGCGGUUCCUCAAGGUUAUGCUGUUGCUGUUACUGCGUUAGCAACCUGUGGACGUUUUCUCACUAACUGGGCAGGCUCCGUAUGCAAUGUGUAUGUUCAGGAGCUGUUUCCAACAUCUUUUCGACAAACAGCUUCUGGUUUGGGCUCUAUUGUGUAUCGAACUGGUGGUCUGAUAUCUCCACCAGUCAACAUGUUGGCCAUCUACCACUGGUCCAUACCAAUCAUAGUCUACAGCAGCCUUACACUCAUCAGUGGAGCUCUUGCCUUCUUGCUUCCUGAGACCAGAAGAAAAGAGCUUCCAGACUCAACUGAUGAAGCUGAAGCCAAUGGGAUGAAGACUAUGGAGAGGAACCAAAGUGGAUCAAACUUACCUCCACAAAGCAAAUCAACUAAGCUGUAAUCUGAAUAUUUCAGUUGCUUCCUGUUUUGUUGCAGCACACAACAAACACACAAGCUGGCAAACGCUUGAUUGAAAACUUGAUUUUUAAAAGUCAAGUCUCUCUUGAUAGUGUUACUGUUUUUCUCAUAUACCUUAGCAGCAAUAACUUGAAGUAGAGCAGGGCAAUAUGGCCAAAAAUAUUUAUCACGA